AUGGCUCGAUUAAACGACCUCCCUCCGGCAGCUGAGUCCCUGGAGUCUCUCAAGCGUCGAUUCAUACGCCAGAAUAGAGAACUUGCCCGCGCAAACUCCCUUCAAUCUGCUCGCAUCAGGACGUUGGAGGCUGAUGUGACCCGCGUCCUGGCCGAAAAUGUGACCCUUCGAGAUGAAAUUGGCUGGCUGAAAGGAGAGCUCGAGAAGAGCCAAGGCAGUGACCGUUUCGAUACUCAACUAUUCACAGUGAAAGAGAAACUUGGAGAAAAGCUAGCGGAGCUGUCCACGCUGAUAACAGAUCUGGGUGCAUUGCCACAAAGACGAAAAAACAUAUUGGCAUCACAGCAGACCUUAGAGGCUCAGGGAAUCUGUUUGCCUUGUGUUCGACCUCCUGUCCGGCCAGGCCACAAUGCCUUUACCGAUGAAGAGAGAUUGCCCGUAAUCAUGGAAGACAAAUUUUACCCGAGACUCACGCCUGAGGUCGACGAGAUACCCGAAUCUCCAAUUAAUGACGGCGGAGAACAGAAAACAUCUAUUUCCCCAACUCCAUCGCCAAAUCGCCUAGAAUCUGCUGAUUUUUCGGCUACCUUUCUACCAGAUGGACUGCUCGGCACGAGUGAAUACUCUAGUAAUGAUAUUUUCAUGCCGCCUGCUAAAUCGCCGACCCUGGAGACAAGAAGAAGGCGGAGAGAUAGCUCGUUGUUAAAAAAUAUAAUCCCCAAUGUGGAUGCCAUCACUGGAAACAAUGACCUUGACUUCAACCCACAACCCUCAAAAACCGGCUCAAAACGCAAAUUUACCCUACAAGAAAAUGAUUUGGUUACGAAAGCAACAGCAGAGGAACCAGAUGAUUUCCAAUAUAAUCGAUUGACCGUAUUUUCUGAGCCCGUACCCCAAGAGAUAUAUAGUAUUGCAGAAUCCCAGCCUACACCAACAACAUUUAGUCCUAUUGAACCUGUAAAAAGAGACCGAAAUCGUGGCCGGCGUGCCUUAGGACCAAAGAGCUCAAAUGCAAAUCUUGCAUCUCCUGUAAAAGCAGCUUCAGAAAAAAUGAAGCCUCAUGUUGAAGCGAAACGGCCUCCAGUAAGGUCGAAGGGAAAAUCUCAGAGUAAACCUAGAACGGAAGACAUUAGCGAUUUGAAUACUAGCAAGCCCGACGCCGCAAAGCUUGCCAUUUCCGGAAGCCACUCGAAAUUUCUACCAACACGAAAGGUGGAGGAAAGCAUUCCUACCGAAACCGCUUUAGAAAUCUCAAAUCCAAGAAUACCUAAAAAUAUUCCCAGCCCGAACAGCUUCAAGAUACUAUCAGAUGUCAGGCCAACAGAGCUUCAUUCAUCUGAGACCACAAGGACACGGCAAUCUCGACGUUCACGAGGGCCAAUUAGCUAUGCGGAGCCGAAUUUAAGAGAUAAAAUGCGACGCCCCACAGAAGAGCUUAUAGAUGCUGUUGGCAGCGAAAAAACUCAACAUACAUCCAAACAAUUUGCAGAAUCAAACGAGAGUUGCCCCACGGGGGAAUAUUUACUAUACCCGGCGCAAUCCGAACGGUGUGAACCGCUUCGGUCAAUAACUACUUUAAACGCGCAAGGUUCUACUGCUAUCUCAAAUUUCGAACCACGUUUGGGUCCAUCGGCCUCAAGUAUUGCAAUCUCGACACUUGUUGCCGGAAGCAAGAAGCGUUGCCAAACCAGUAAGCCAAAUGAGAGCCGAAGACACUCUUCCAAUCCGGCAAACUGUAGCGCUAACCCGCAUGCUUCGCAUUCUAUAUCCAGUCGUGAAAAACGGCUCGAUACCUUGAAUGCUGGGUCGUCGACUGACAUGACUGGAUUUGAUGAAUCCAUGGAAGAAAGUAUAUCUAAACUGGUGGAGAACACGGGAACGGAUCCCCCCACCGAAGCUGAGGACUCUUCAGCACGGACACGGCGUAUCCCUGUAACAAGAAGGAGAAGCAUGAUGGUGUAG